AAUAUUUUGCUUCUUAUUAUGAAUUUAAAAAUAAAUUUGUUUUUUAUAUAUUUAAUAACUGUAGUUUAUUUAAUAAAUUUAUUCCAAAGCAAAGAAAUAACAGGAAAUUUGGGACACUCAAGAAAUUUAAAAUCAAAAAAAAAUGGUUUAAAAGUUUUUUUAAUACCUCAUUCUCAUUGUGACUCUGGUUGGUUACAAACUUACUCAGAGUAUUAUAAUAAUAAAGUCCAAUAUAUAUUAGAUGGAAUAUAUAAUGAGUUAAAUAAUGAUGAAAAUAAAAAAUUUAAUUGGGUAGAAAUUGGGUAUUUUAGUAUGUGGUUUGAAAAUCAAAAUCAAACUACCAAAAACUCUGUAAAAAAAUUAAUAAAAAAAAAACAAUUGGAAUUUAUUACUGGUGGAUGGGUACAAAAUGAUGAAGCUACCACUAACUUAGAUGAGGUUAUUGAACAAAUGACAAUAGGACACCAAUGGUUAAAAAAUAAUUUAAAUUAUACAGUUGAGUAUGCAUGGCAAAUUGAUCCUUUUGGAUAUAGCUCUAUUACACCCACCCUAUUUUCUAAAAUGGGAAUUAAAGGCCUGGUUAUAAAUAGGGUUUCAAAUGAUAUAAAAAAUUAUAUGAAGGAUAACAAAGAAAUGGAAUUUUUAUGGAAAGGUUCAAAAACAUUAAAUUAUGAAUCUGAAAUGUUGGUUUCAGUUUUAGAUACCCACUAUAGUUAUCCUGAUAUGCUUGAUCCCUCCAAAAAUAUAAACCUACAAAAGAGAGUAAAAAAAUUUAUUAAUUAUUUAAUUAAUUUGUCCAAAACAAGAAACACCAAAACUUUAAUUAUUCCCUUAGGUGAUGAUUUCAAAUAUAGCAAUGCAAAUAAAGAAUUUUUAUUAUCAAAAGAAUGGAUACAAUAUAUUCAAGAUAGAAAAGAUGAAUAUGAUAUAGAAUAUAUUAAUUAUUCAACUCUUUCAGAUUAUUUUGACUCUUUAAAAUCUGAUUUAAUUAAUAAUAAUAUUAAGUUGGGCCAAGUGGAGCAGGAUUUUUUACCAUAUAAUACUGGCAAAGAAGAAUACUGGUCUGGUUAUUAUACCACCAGACCAACACUAAAAAAACAAAUUAGAGAUGUUAGCUAUUUAUUACGAGUAGUAGAUUCUCUAUAUGGCUUAUCCAAAACACAAUUUUACCAUGACCAAAACCAAAUUGAAUCAGAUAUUAAUCAAAUUAGAGAAGUGGUAUCAUUAACUCAACAUCAUGAUAUUAUAACUGGAACAUCAAGAAGCUAUGUUCUAUUUGAUAUGUUUUUAAAAUUAAAAGAAUGUAGACUACUUUCCUUUAAUAUUAUUUCAAACCUAUAUAAUGCUUUGUUAAAACAAAAAAACAAUAGUCCUAUUUUAAAAACUGGGUAUGAAAAUAAUUAUCAUUUUAAUAAUUUUAUUGAUGUAUCAUAUUUGGGGGAAAAUAAAAACUACUCAAUAAAAUUAUUUAACUCAUUGGGCUGGGAAUCUCAUCAACACAUAUCAUUUAGGCUCUUUUCUUAUGAACCAGAAGAAAUAGAAAAUUUAAAAUUAUAUGAUUCUAAUUUUAAUGAAGUUAAAAUUCAAAUUAACUCUUUAGAGUAUUCAAAUGAAUGUUUUUAUGGUCUAAAUCAAUAUUUAUUAUACUCCAUAGUUACAGUCCCUUCAUUAGGUUUUUCCACAUUUUAUUUAACAACGAAAAAAAAUAACAAAAAAAAUAAUAUAUAUUAUGGUAACAAAAAAAUUAACUUAGAUUCAGAUAUAAUUUUCAAAAAUAGAAUAAUGGAAUGGAAAUUUUCAAAAUCAAAUGGUUUAUUAAAAUCAAUAAAUGAAAAAACAAAUAAUAGUAAGGAAGAAAUGGUUUCACAAACAUUUAAACAAUAUAAAUCAAAGAAAAGUGGUCCAUAUAUUUUUAAAGCAGGUAAAGAAGAAUCUUUUUUAAACAGACCAGACUAUUAUUUAUUAUAUGAAGGGCCAUUAGUUUCACAACUAUCAAUGGUUUAUAACUCAAACAACUGCGAAAAAAUUUCUUUUAUAAAUCAAAGAGUUUAUAAAAGUGACCCAGGUACUGAUCUUUUAUUUACCGAAAAAUAUUUAGAAACUAGCUAUUCUUUUGUCGGGGAAAUGAAUAAAGAAAAAGUCAUCCAAUACAAAUUUAACUCUGUAAAAAAUGAAAAAGAUGAAUUUUAUACUGACAAUGGUAUUGAAUCCAGAAAAAGAGUAAUUAAUAAAAAUGGACCAAUAGCAUCAAACUAUUAUCCCUCAAUUCACUAUACCCAUAUAAAAGAUGAAACAAACAACAAACAAUUUUCUGUAUAUGUAGAUAGAUCAUUAGGAUGCACUUUAAAAUCAAAAAAUCAAUUAGAAAUUAUGUUACAUAGAACAAUGGACAAUGAUGAUUCAAAAGGUAUUUCUUGGCCAUCAAAAGAUACAUCAAGAGUCGAUGGAAAACUAUAUCUAAAUAUAGAUUCAAUUACCAACCAAGUUAAAAAUCAAAAGAGAUUAUCAUUACAAAUUGAUAACCAACCCAUCUAUUUAACUAAAACCUUUACCAAUAUAUCAAACUAUCAAAACGAUUAUAAACAAACAUACUCACCAUUACUACUCAAUGAUCUCCCAAGUAACAUUCAUUUUUUAUCUUUAAAACCAAUUCUCAAUAACAAUUAUUUAGGGUUAAGAUUUUUUAAUUUAAACCAUGGUGAAACUGAAAUUCAUUUAGAUCAAUACUUUAAAAACUCCUCCAUGUUCAAUUUAAAUGAAACUGGUUUAACUUUUUUAGAAAUGAAACAAGAUCAGAAUGAUUCCAAAAUCAAGGAUAAAUAUUUCAUUGACGCUAAUUUUCCAAUCAAAUCGGGUGAAUCAGAAUAUAACUAUAAUAAUUUUUAUAAUGAAAAAAGGAACAAUAUUGGUAACAAUAUUAUUUUUAUAAAACCUUUAGAAAUUAAAUCAUUUUUAUGCAACCUAAACUCUACUAACUUUACUAACUUUAACUACAUUUCUAAUAUUUACAUUGAUGAACCGGACUAUCCUGAAGACUAUGACAAUAUAAAAAAGGUCGCUGAUUUUAACGGUGCAAAUAUUAAUCAUGUUUAUACACAUGAUUUUUCCGUUUUCCCAUUACAAAUUUCCCAUUAUAACGAUAUAGGUCCAUAUAGGAAUAAAUUAAAAAUAAUUUUAUUAUCUACCAUCAUACCAAGUGUUUCUAUAAUUUUGGCUACCAUCUCCAUUAUAUUCUAUAGAAGAAAAUUUAAAAAUAAAAAUAAAAAUUUUGGUGAUCCAAAAAAAUCAAAUUCCAAAGAAGAGCUAUGCGUAAUUGAAUCUAAUUAGAACUGUCCCAUUGAUAAAAACUAAACUUUUAAAAGAAAUAAUAUUACAAAACAUUCAAAAAAAAAAAAAGUGAUAAAAAUAAAAGAAAUAAAAAAAAAAUAAAAAAUUUGUUUAUAAU